UACAGUAGGACAAACGCGACACUUGUUUCACCAUCUCCUGUAGCGGUUGCCAUGGCUUCAGCCCUCAUAUCUGCCAUGAGUCUGAUUCUCUGUGCGGUGGCGUUCAUUCUCUUCAGCAGUCCAGCAGAGGCUCAGGCAGACUUAGCACUGGACUGUUGCCUGAUGGUUAGCCAUAAAAGCAUCCCUAAACACGUCCUCCUCACUUACCGGAAGCAGCUGAAAGUUGACGGCUGCCCCCGAGAUGCUGUUGUAUUCACAACCAGGAAAGGUUUGAAACUUUGUGCCCCACCUGCAGAGGAACAGCAGUGGGUUAAAGAGACGAUCAAGUUUCUGGACACUAGGCUCAAGAAGUGCAAGGGAAACAAAUUUCAUGAGAAACGCUGUCAUGCCCUGAAGAAUUUGUCUUUUUGAGUGAACACAUACAUAUAUACAUUAAAUGGCAGCUGAUGUAGUCGUUGUGACAGCUCACUUCUAACAGUUUCUGUAAUACAUUUAGGGUCUUCCUCUUUCAGCAUUUUCAUCCUAAAUUAUCAAAACAUGCCAAGUUGUCUGACCUUCCCAUAGUUGCUGUUGUGUGAACAUAUUCUUCUUGG